AAAAAAUUAAAAAAACUUCUGCAAAAUUUGAUAUAGAUAAAACAAAAUAAGAAAAUUAAAGAUUAGAGAGAAAUAAUGAUUCCACAGCAAUGGGCACCACCUUGUAACAAGCAAUGCACAAAUAAAUUCUCAGCCCUCACCCAAAUUCCUUGGAGAGUUUUUUGCAAAAAGGCGUGUGAUGCUGAUGGCGAUACAUGGGAGGAAUGUUUGGAACAAUGUGAUGAGAUGUGCUAUAAAGGUCCUGUUAUGAAGGAUCAACAAUGGAGUGCUUGUAUUGAUCGCGCCCCUGGUUCUGCUAGCCACUCUGAGGAUUGUCAUCGCGCUUGUGUAGCUGGUUGUGGUUUCAAGUUUGAUAUCCCUCCUGAGGAAGUAAAUAAAAUCCAAUCAAACAGGUCUUCCAAGACUCUAGCAGAAGAGGAUCCAGCUGAUAAAAACAAGUCCACCCCCUAAAGCCACUUGAAGAUUUUCUU